AUGUGCAGUCACAGUGCCGUGCUGCAGACCAAACGCUGCAAUGAGACAGGUCUUAAAGUGGGCACCCUCUGCAAAUACAAAUGCAAACUAGGAUACCAUGUGGCCAACAAGCCAAAGAGGAGAGCCUUCAAGCGUCAGUGUACAGAAGACGGCCGUUGGUUAGAGGGCUCAUGUGAGCCGGUCACCUGUCCACCUCCUCCAUCUGUCUUCUAUGGCAUGUACCAGUGCACUGACAGCUUCAAGUUCGACAGCACCUGCUGGAUCCACUGCAACGGGGCCAACAACACGCUGAGACAACCACCAUGCAAAGAGGGGCUCGGCACCAAUGUCAUCCGCUGCAGAAAGGAUGGGAACUGGACCGGAAGCUUCCGCUUAUGCCCUCAGCUGAAGGGUCAAUGCUCUCUACCUCAGAACCUGCAUCCCAACAUCCAUGUCAGCUGCAAGAAGGGCCAUGGCAUAGGAGAGGAGUGUGAGUUGUCAUGCAGAGACAGUAACAAUGAUGUGGUCAUUCUGCCGAGCAACAUGACGGCCAGCAGCAUUAUGAGACAUCACUGGAUGAACCCUCCCAAAGUCAAGGUUUGUGUUUUUGUGUGCACCCUCUUAGCUUACUGGCAGGGAAUGUUGCACCAGGAUGCCACAUCCUGA